GACAAGAUGAGGGGAAGCUUGCCUCCCAGCCUGAUUGAUCUUACGGGUGUGGGUGUUCAACCAGUCGUCCCGAUCAUUUUCGAAGAAACAUCAACUGGAACUGGGAACCCAGUACGAAUGAAGUGCUUCCGCUGCUUUCUAGAAUUUCUCGUUCAGUCUGUUUUUUUCAUGUUCAAGGCGCCACAUAUGAGCCAUGGCACCACUUCCGGCGGGUGUUAUUGAGUUGAAAUUAUCACGUGUACCAAAUAGGAGAAGGCCCGACCAACACCAAUCGAACGCAGCCCUUUCUACGGGACACCUGGCAAAUACUACGUAUACUCAGUCAGCCCCAGAAAGUGAUGGCAGUGGAUCGGAAGACAUUUAUGAUCGAAAGGGUAGAUCACAGAAAACUGAGCAGGAUCUUACAACUCUGUUCCGUAGCUCAACUAUCUCACGAGAUGAUACUCAAAGUCAAGCUGAGCAAGAACGCGAAAAGUUAUCACACCUCAAGUUUCAUUUGAACUCCGAUAACCUACAACUCAGCAAUUCUAAAGACGCACAAUUUCUCCCAUCGCAGUACAUCCAACGUUCAUUUUCUAACACCUCUCGCGCCCUUCCACGCCCGUCAUUGCCAGACCUAGCUCCGCCGCAUGUUUGGACCUUGUCCCAGUCUGUGCAGCCCGAUUUUCCCGCACGUGCUUCGAUGCCGCCGCCGCCGCCGCCGCCGCCUCUGCCGCCCCUCCCGGCGCCGUCGCCGCGACCAUUCCCAAUGCCCUAUUACGCUCCUUCUCAACGUAUCAAACGCCAUCGUCUAGCUCCAGUUCUCGGUCCACCUCGUUUUCCAUUAACAAAGGCCUCGAAGAACUCAAAAUGGCGGAGGAAACUGCACGCUCAAAGACAGCCAUCUUCAGAAGAACGUCGGGAAGAUAUUGGUGUGCGAAAUAUCGAGCAGUUGAACGUCAACAGUAAUCUCCAUGAUGGUGAGAAGAGCAAGACAGUGGACCUUCCGACAAUCAAAGAACAACAUGACUCCGGCCACAAUGUGAACCUUGCCGAAUCUCUUGCCUUGAUUACAGAAAGGUACCUUGGCGUUGACGUUCUGGACCAGGGCAAAGAGGUAUCCGCCUUCGUGUCCUACCUUCUCGACACAAUCGAAAUUUUACAGAGCCAAGCAAAAUUCCGCGCUGCCUACAGCUACGACAGUGAUUCUGAGAGUGAGUCAGUAAAUCUAGAAGUAGCUGUCAGUCAGCCUCCCGAUUUUCAGACUGUUCAUCAACUCUUCUGCACAGUCGGGGAUCAUCACCAUGGCGGAAUGCUAUCUCAAGAUGAACCAGUGGCUCGAAGGACCAAGUUUGCUGGCGACACAGGUUGGCUUGAGGCUAAGAGAGGGAUCAACAAUCUCGAAAUAUGGUUAGGCGAGCGACCGUCGCUCUGCUUCAUCGUCAUUAGAGAGCACCGUUGCUCUCCAGAUCAAAAAACUGAUGACCAAAGACAUAGGACGCAGAAGCCCUCGUUAUAUCCUUCUGCCAGACGAGAGAGGCUCAGAAUAGUGUCGCCUAUACUACAGAGAGCCCUGAAUAAAGUUGCGGAAUUUCAAGUUCAUCCUGAGAAUAGACAUUACGAGGCCGCUAUGGAAAUGGAUGCCCCAUAUCUAUUCUUGUUUCACCAUCGAAGAAGGCUCGCAACAUUAGCAGAUACCGAAACAUACCAAGAAGUUCUUUUGCCUCUAAUGAACUUUCUCAAAGAAAGCUACGAGGCCGAAUACACGGAGGCUGAAGAGAUGUUUGCCCAGGGACAUGUCAACGCUCACCAUAUCCACAAGUUAUUCAAGCCGAAUCAAAUGCUCCUCAAAAAAGAAAAAGGAGAUCCCUCACUUGCAUUUGUACUCAAAGAUUACAGCCGGACGGCCAGGAAUGAUAUCAUGCUUGAAGGCUGGAAAUGGGAAUACGACGGCAACGACUUGGAGCGAACCAAUGAAUUCGGGGUGAUCAGGUCUAUAUCUGAGGAAAAGACGAACAUUUGCGACCUUUCCAUUCACCCAAUUGAGUUCGCCAGAGAAGAAGACAUCAAACUUUUGACCCAAAGGGGAAACAAGUUUUGGAGCAUGAGAGAUCAAGCAUACACCUGCUACACAGGGUGGGAUAGCGGGUCAAAACAUCAAUAUGCCUCUGCAAGGUUCAUGGUGGACACGGCAACAUAUCACAUGAUGCAUGUCGAAUCGCCACCUUCGCCAUCUGAGAGAUCACGCCAAUAUGAUCCAUGGCCCAUGAAGGUCAAUCGUCGAGAAGACUUACCGCACAAUGCUGAGAUGUUGAUGCCCGCCACUGUGCAUGGCUUCAAUCUCCAACAGAAGAAAUGGGUUAAUUUGAAUGUCGAAAAUACUCAUCAAGUAGAUUGGAAUCACAAAGCCUUCCAGCGUCUCGUUUUGGAUGAGAAGAUCAAGGAGAUGAUCCAUGCACUCGUCAAUGUUCAGACCUCGACCAAGAAGAUGGACGAUAUCAUCACUGGGAAAGGAAAUGGCCUGAUUAUACUCCUUCACGGAAGUCCAGGAACUGGAAAAACAUUGACCGCAGAGAGUGUUGCAGAAAUCGCAGAAAAGCCAUUGUACCGAGUUACCUGCGGAGAUAUAGGUACUGAGGCGCCCGAUGUGGAGAAAUAUCUCGAGACAGUCAUGUACUUGGGGAAAGCUUGGGAUUGCGUUCUUCUGCUGGAUGAAGCGGACGUUUUCUUAGAAGAGAGAACCAUGGCAGACUUACAGCGAAACAGCUUGGUAUCCGUCUUCCUACGGCUCCUCGAGUACUACGAAGGCAUUCUCAUCUUGACGUCCAAUCGCGUUGGAUCCUUCGACGAGGCAUUCAAAUCUCGUAUCCAGGUGGCGAUCCACUACGACAACCUGACCAAGAUGUCACGUAAAGCAAUCUGGCAAAACUUCUUCGACAUGAUUGAGGAGUCAACCGACGAAGAUGCCAACAUGCCGGAACUAGAGAGAAGACUCGAUCAGUUGGCAUCAGAAGAGAUGAACGGCAGACAAAUCCGGAAUGUGCUACUCACUGCGCGACAACUUGCGAAGCAUCGCAAGGAACGAUUGGACUGGGAACAUCUCAGUCAAGUUAUCAAGACUUCUGCUGCUUUCAACAAGUACCUAAGGGCAGUUCGCGGACAUACUGAUGAGCAGUGGGCAAGGGGGGAAUCGCUGCGUUAACGGUCAAAUCGUUCGAAUUUCUUCAACCUAAACCUAUUUUCCCUAAUUUAUUUCGUGAUUAUUCGCAAAAUUCUAGUAGCGGCUGCAAAGUUGAUGUGAUUGGAUAGAAAAGACCCUAGCUAGCAGCGGACACCCGGAAGUUCUGAUUGUCGUGAAGUAGAUGCUGAGUGAACCCUACCCCUGGAACGACCGGUGCCUAACACCUCUUAUGGGUGGCUAACCAGGAAGAGAGAAAGAAAAGUACUGAAGCAACAUGUUCGGAG